AUGCUGCAAUCGCAUUUAGCUGUGGGUUGCCGCAACACUCACCUUAUUCCCCCUCGUCCCAGCAACAGCCUCCGUGAGGCUAUAGUAGGAUCGUCGGCGACUCCAUGCGACUCUGAUGACGGGCCUGAGGCCGGUGUCGAGGUUACCGUGGUGUUUCCCACUUCCGAGACCAUCCUCCGUUGCGUCGUCGAGUUUCCUGCCGCCGUUACUGUUACAUUGUCGCUGUCAUCGCCGGAGGACUCGUUUCCAUUGCUCCGGUCAGCGAUUUUCCAUCUUGAAGGACUACUGUGUCGUGUCGAUGCCCCAACCGUUGUAAGAACCGUUGUAGCACUAUUGCUCUUCCCCUCCGAAGCACUGCUUCCUUCCCGAUUGCCAUCUUAUCGCGUUGUUGCACCGCCGCUGUCGUAA